UGUUCUCAGCGUCAUGUGUUCUCAGCGUCAUGUGUUGAUCAGUGUCAUGUGUUCUCAGUGUCCUGUGUUCUCAGUUUUCUCAGUGUCAUGUGUUCUCAGCUUCAUGUGUUCUCAGUGUCAUGUGUUCUCAGCGUCAUGUGUUCUCAGUGUCAUGUGUUAUCAGCGUCAUGUGUUCUCAGCGUCAUGUGUUGAUCAGUGUCAUGUGUUCUCAGCGUCAUGUGUUCUCAGUAUUCUCAGCGUCAUGUGUUGAUCAGUGUCAUGUGUUCUCAGUGUUCUUAGUGUCAUGUGUUGAUCAGUGUGAUGUGUUUGCAGGCCGAGGGACGAGAGAGGAGCAGCCUGGAGUCUAACAACACACACCUGCCUGUUCCAAAGGGCUUCGGUGACGGCUCCAUCUUGCCAGAAGACCUCCUUCAAAAAGUGGAAAUAGAGGAAGAAGAGGAGCCAGAGCUUAUCCUGGACGGAGGUCUGCCUCGCUACACCUCCUUCUCCCUGGCCUCUGACCUCUUGUCUCCUAUGGAGGAAGGCAGGGAGAUGGCCGUGGACGAGGACGUUGAGGUGGUUGAAGAUGAGGAGGAGAAGGAGGUGAAGAUGCAGGAGAAAGUGGAGGAGAACACGGGCUUGUUACCCAGGAAACCACCUCCGUCGUGGGAGGAAUGGAAGCUCAACUCCUCCAGCUGGGCGGGAGCAGCAGAGGAGACUUGGAGCAGAGAGGAGCAGGAGGAGCUCAGCGACAGGGAGGAAGAGGAGCUCAGCGACAGGGAGGAAGAGGAGGACCUGCAGAGAUCUGACCAUGAAAGCAUUGUGUCAUCAGCACAAAGGAUUCCGGGUAUUCCAGACUUCAGAGACAGUGAAGCAGACUCUGAGCUCACUCUGACAGACACCGACACAGAGUCCAUCAAGUUGACUAACAGUAAGAGAAGGAAGAGGCGGAGUCAGGGAGGAGCCUCUCUAUCAAUGAGAGGAGGCCAAGGAGAUCUACCUGAGAGAGAGGACGGGGAGGGAGAGGAAACUCCUGCCUUCAGUCACUGGGGACUCCCUCGCAGUCCUGAUGCUGCAGUACCGCCUGCCAGACAGCAGCAGACAGAACAGUUUGUUGCUUGGGGGAUGGGGGUGAUUCUUCUCUAUGGUGCACCUGUAGAAGGUAAGGAUCCUCUCUAUUGCCCCUUUCACGCCAACGCGGUUCCAGGACCGGUUCGGAGCUAGAGCCUGAUAAGCACCGUUUUUUCCUGUUCACAUCGC